CUUAUUUGAUUGAACUGACCAAUUAACAUAUUUUUAGAAAACACAAUUAGCAUUCUCAAUAAAAUGUUCACUCAUAGCAACGCUUGUGUAAUCAAUAAUGCGUUAAUAUUUUCUUUGUGCCGUAAAAUAGGUAACCCGUACUCUAAAGUAUUAGAUACGGAAUUUAGAAACAAAAAAAUCUUUAAGUGAACUAAUUAUUUUGAGUCAUCAAUAUUUAAUUUUGACGUAAUGGCUGUACCUAAAGCUACGACGAUAAAAGAAGCCAUUAAGCGCUGGGAGGAUAAAACUGGUCAGCAUGCAGCAACAGCGACAGAUGUGUGUCUAGUUUUCCAAUGGCCACCGAUUGAGAAAAUGGACAAUACAUUAGCGAGUCUGUCUUGUUGCGAGAAACUUAGUCUAUCGACGAACAUGAUAGAAAAGGUAUCAAGCCUUAACAGUCUGAAGAAGUUACGAGUACUUUCUUUGGGGCGAAACUACAUCAAAUCUUUUGCUGGCAUGGAAUGUCUGGGCGAUACCUUAGAAGAAUUGUGGCUUUCAUAUAACUUAGUUGAGAAACUGAAGGGAAUCAAUGUACUGCGGAAUUUGAAGGUUUUAUAUUUGAGCAAUAACUUAGUUAAGGAGUGGAGCGAGUUUAACAAGUUGCAAGAGCUGCCAAAUUUAGAGGAUCUUCUAUUCGUUGGCAAUCCAUUAUACGACGGCUGUGAAUUGGAUACAUGGCGAUCUGAGGCUGCCCGUCGUCUGCCCAACUUGAAGAAACUUGACGGGGAGACUGUGUUGAGGGAGGACGACCCUCCGCUAACAGUUGCUGAUAUGCAGCCGGACGGUGGUGAUGCAGUGGAGACUUUAGUCAGCGCAGAAACUAAUGAUUAGAAUUUAAACGAAUAACAUACACACACACUCACCUACAGAUACACACACUCACAUACACACACACACACCCACCCUCACAUACGCCCAUACAACUGUAUUUGUGCUAUUUUGUACUAACUUCUAAUUAGUUGACUGUUUUGUUUUUCUCUCUUUAAUUAAAACGUUAAUUUGUUUGCCUACCCAUAUAUGUAUGUUCUCUUUGUAAACACUCAAUAUGACUUUGCUGUGGAAUGGAAGCCUGGUUAUCCAUAUCACAGGUUCUUGCCUAGUUUGGAAACCAGUCUCCCAAUGCCUUUUCAAUU